CGAUCUCCGGGAAAAAACAACACAGCAGUGAAAAAAAUUCAAAUACCAGAAUGCUCAUGUAGAUAAUCCACUAUUUCGUACACGUAUGUACGAUCUCACAUCAUAAAAGUACCUGAUAAAUUCAGCAAGGACGUACAGCUUAUCAAAAUGACAAAAAUUCCGACAGCAGCAUUCUGGAGACAGAUAAUUUGUUUGGUGCCAGUUUAUCUGAACGUUCUUGUAAUGGGUAGUGGACUUGGAUGGCUUCCAAAUGCCAUGUACUUGUUGACCAAAGGGCAAGAAGUACGAGCGACAUCUACGCAAUGUGCAUGGAUAGCAUCGUGCAGUAUUUUUGGAAGACUUGUAUUCGCAAUACCGGCUGGAAUUUUGGCCGAUAAAUAUGGAAGGAAGGAAAUCACCAUAUGUGUUGCUUUCUUACACUUUUCCGCUUGGUUGGGGUUGUCAAUGAGUUCAUCGAUUGUGACCAUUUAUAUAGGAAGAUUCGUCAUAGGUUUAGCAGAAGUUUUGAUAAACUCAACCGCACUGAUAUCAAUAGGCGAAAUAGCAUCUGCUGAAAAUCGUGGCCGAUUGACCACCUUAUACCACAUUUGCGCGUCUUUUGGAGGAAUAUUAUCAUCACUCAUAAGUCUAAGCUUUUCAUCAUACAGUACGCUUUCAAGGGGAAUCGCAGCUCUUUCGUUUAUAAGCCUCUUAUCUAUGUUUUGGGCAUCAGAAACUCCGAGCUUUCUGGUCAGCUCAUCGAAAUUGAACGAAGCCAAGAAUAAUCUUCGCUAUAUCAGACGAGGAUAUAAAGAACAAGUGAUAAAUAACGAAUUUGAAAAAAUUAAAAAUUACAUCCAAGAUGAAAAAGCUCGAAAGAAGACACUCAGUUGGAUUAAAUUUCUUAAAUUGAAAUCCAUCCGGAAGCCAUUAUUAGUCGGUAUCCUGGCGAAUUUUUUCUCCAAAUCGACUGGUGUGAUGCUAAUGAGAAAUUACAUUACACUCUUAAUACCAUCUAAUAAGUUUGUGGCGAGAAGAUAUUACCCUCUAGUUAUACAAACUCUCCUGUUAUUGGUUUCCACAAAUGCGACUCUUUAUAUCGAUAAAAUUCCACGUAGAACGUUGAUUUUAGUUGGUUCUCUGAUAUUAGCAGGUAUUAAUGGAGUAUGCGGAUUAUCUAGUUAUUUGAUGGCUGGAAUUCAAAAUGAAGAUGAUGUUUUUAGAUGGGUUUUCAUCGUGACGAAUAUUCUAGCUAUAUUAUGUUACACGAUUUCAGUUCAACCGGUGACCACUGUUUUGAAAUCUGAACUUUAUCCUCAAUCUGUUAAAGGAUUUUGUGUAUCUCUAGGGUCUUUAAGUCAGUCAUUGUCCACUGUAUUAUCAUAUCAAAUGUAUCAUUUCACCGAAAAUUUAUCUAUCCUUUACGUUAUGUAUAUUGUAUUUUCAAUUAACUCUGUACUUUUAUAUCUAAUUAUGCAUUUUUUUAUGCCCGAAGGCCUCGGAACUUCACUCACCGAUUUACAGAUGACAUUUAAAGAACCCACUUUGCAAGAUGGUCACAGUGUUGAGAAAAAUUCGCAAACGUGAAAAACGUGUAUCAUCAUAAUUAUAAGCUAUUUUGUUACUCAGCCUCAGGCAUAUACGUAAGACAAGUAUUUUGUAUUGUACAUAUCUAUUUCAGUACGUUGAGGUAUCGCCUCAAUUUUAUUCUUAUGUAUUCAUUCACUCAAGUAGGUAUACUUUCUUGAUAUACGCGUAAGCCUUUUAGACUACCUUCUUUUUUCUUAGGUAUUUUUGCAAAUCUUGUUUUUUUAAUAAAAUUUUUAUUUUACA